AGGACCAAAACACGCAUUUUGAUGUUUUAACAAGUAAAUAACAAAUAUUUAUCUUAGAAAUGGAAAGUGGCUGAGAGAGCAUUUUAAUGCAGUGCAAUGUCAUAUGAGAACUCUAAAUUAUUGCAAAAUCAAUGCACCAUUUUCCGACCACUUGUUAGAAUCUACGAUGCUUUCUGUGCAUGAUGGGAAUGGUAAUGUUUAUUCUUAUUCAAGGAUUAUAUUGUUUUCUAUAGCAGAGAAAAGCCAGAAAGAUGAGCACUGUGUGGUAUCUGGAACACAUUACUACGGGCAACCGUAUAAUCCUGCACAACGGUACCAACUUGGUGGGUCGCCACUCAAACUGCAGAAUAGUUUUGGGUGCAAACUAUCAAUAUGUGUCCCGUGAGCACGCGGAGAUCAUAGUCAGUGAUAUGGGCGUAGUGGUGAAAGCACUGCACACCUUGAAUGGUGUAUUUAUCAAUGAGGGUAAAAUAUAUGGCAAGGUUAACAGUAUAACCGUCGCAGAGGGCUCCGUCAUUGGUCUGGGUCUUCCUGCGUCAGCAGUCGAAAAAGUUACAAGCAUUCAUGCAAUUUUCUAUCUGAAAAAAUUGAAGCCCACGGUCCCUGAGAUCAUCCUGUCAUCCGAUGAUGACGAUACAACCCCACUGCCCGCCAUACGAUGUCCGAAUGUUCAUCAACCCACAGAAUUUAAUCUCAGACAGCAAUUACCAAAUACUUCCAUGAAUGACGCAGAGAAGGAGCAGCCUUCGAGUUCCGGCUUACACUUACCGAAAAUAAACGAUGUAAAACAGGAGUUUGUAAAGCAAACAACGGAGGAGAUAACAAACAUCUUUGGAGAGGCUAACGAUGCCAUUCUAGACUCUGUGCUUGCAUUAAACCCUUAUCUGUACAACCAGCUAAGCAACAAAGCUUCGAGCAGUGCAAUUACUAAAUUAAAAAUUCAAGACGGCGAUUGUAUUGAACUGGAUACUGAUGAAGAUAAGAGACAGGUGCCAGGGCCGCAGGAAGUAGUCAACGAAGAUGAUUACGACGAGAGUUACGCCAUGUCUCAAGCAGUACUGAAGGAAAUGAAAGCCGAAAUGGACUUUAGCGAUGGCGAAGAGGACUUCCUUAAGUCCACUGCCAUGGAUGAUAUGGCUCGAGAUUCUCCAACGUCGGAAACAUACGUCUACAUCAGCGACUCCUCUGACGAUGAGUUGUACGACAAGGUCGCCGACUGGUCCAAGCGGCUCAGCCAAAAAGUAGUUCCAGACACUAUACAAAUGUCACAAACCUACCCAAUGGUUGAUGACAAUGACUCAGAUCUGGAGAUGAGAACAAAACAACCGACAAGGGCACUACGUAUAUCGUCCUCUAGUGAAGAUGAAAUCUCCGCCGAAGUUAUUGGCACCAAAAAGACUUUUAAUGAUCAUGUUGUGCGUCGAGCCGACAGCACGACGUCGGAUCCUCUCCCUGUUCAAGAAUCCUUGGUACGAAGUAAGAACAAUGAACCGACAGACAAUGUAAGCUCGACUGCAGACAUUAACAAUAUGUCAGGGGCCAACAAGGAUAGUGACGCAAUUAACUCUAAACCCAAAUCUUGCUUAAAAACUUCGAAGAAGGCACUAGUAGAUUAUAAGGACAAACACGCUGAAACCCAAGAGGGCAAAAUACAACAGCGUCGGAAGGCAACUUGCCCAGAUGAAUCGAAGGUCAUCAGUCCUCAAAAGGAAGAGCUCCCAUUCAGUAAGCGAUUCAAGUCAACAACUUCUCUGGAUGAGUUGUUAAAUUCCAGUUUAAAGUCACUCACUUCCAAUGUAAUCGACAAAGUGGAGCCACCCAAAAAACUGUUUCGCAGCCGUUCAAAAUCAUGCUAUAUGGACCGACCAGUAAAAUUAGAUGAACUGCAAGCGGAAAAAGAUAAAAAAGCUGAGAAUCAAAAUGAAUGGACAGAUAACAGCCGUCUGGAAUUGGUAGUAACACUGGAGGCUCCAACAACAAAGGAAACCAAAUCCAACAAUACAAAAGGUGCAUCGAUAUGCGGCAGACGCAAGACAAUACAAAGUCGAGAAGAGUUUCAAGCGUUAACGACUGAAGUUAAGGAAACUAAAAAGGCUUCUCCGACCAAGCAAGUCAAUGCUGUUCCCUCUACAGCUUCAAGUCCAUUAAAACGAAGUCCGCGCCUACUGAAUCGUUCAAAAUCAUGCUGUAGUGACCGUCCUGAGACUUUGGCAACUUAUAAUCCUAACAAUAAGACGGAUACCGAUACUUCUAGUAAAAUUCAGAAGUCUGAUGAGCUGAGUCUGCGAGGCAAACCUACAAUAAUUGAGGCACCGUCCUUGCCUAUGAAUCGCGGCAAGCUGCGAGGAGUUUCGGCAGAGAUUAAACGUAAGGAAAAUGUGAUAGAACGACAGCGUUCCAUUGACUAUCACGCCAAUAUGAACGCCAAGUGGAAGCAAAAACCUAAAGACAAGAAAAAAGAAAAUGAAAAAAUAAAAGAAAAUCGCCGGGACGCUCUCAAGAAGCUAAGUGAGAAACCUAAGGAACUGGAGAAAGGCUCAAAGACCAAUAAAAGAAAGAUCGCCACAAGCGUGCCAACUGUCCACAACUCGAAUCGCGGGGAAUUCCUUACCAAAGGUGUGAGUGGUCCUAUCGCCAAAGUGGCGAGGAAAGAUAACAUUAAACCAUCGCCUAAAGCCCCACAACGGCGCCACAGUAUUGAGACAUUCUCACAGCAGCUUCAGGCUGCCGAUGAAGCCGUCCUUAAUCCACAGCCGCAAUGCUCUCGCCCAGUGGAACGUAAAGCGGCUGAGAGGGCUAGAAAUCAACGUACCUGUAACAAGGUUACCUUUGCAGAAAUGGAACGUUACAAUAAGAAAAACGAAGAUUUGAAAAAACUUCACAAAAAGUUAAGAAAAGUACAUUUUAACGAUAAUAUCAUAAUACACGAGAUUGAAAAGGUAAAGGGGGCCACGUCACAAGUGCACGGGCGUAAGGAGUGCAUAAAGCUCUUCCUCAGCUCAUACCGCGAACGCCGAGAAUGGAUUCGGAAGGGAAACAGACCGGUGAAUGACAUACGCCAGCACUCGCGGAGCAUCCUAAAAUGGGCAAACCAGUGGCUAAAGCUCGGAAGCGUAGAUGCGGUGGCCGAUCAAGACGUCCUACUACCGAUACCGCAUGAAUUUGAAAGUUUCAAGAACUACAGGGAGACAUUUGUACCGUUAAUGAAGCUAGAGUUGCUCACUACCAUUGAAAAUGACUACAAAAUGAACAACGAACACACUUUUCCUGUAGAAUUAAAAGAAGUCAAAAUACAGGAUAACUGCUACCGUUUGAUUACCAGAGUCAGUAGCAGACCCCAUGGCAAAUUUGUACUCUACACCCUUUCCAGUGGUAGCCAACUGCUCGAGACCUUUGCGUAUCUUAUUGACAUUAAGUGUGUCGGAGGCAAAGUCUUCGAAUUAACAUUUGAGAUUUUGAUGCAGGAUAGAUCCGAAGAAAGUAUUAAUAGAGUGAAUCAGUUGAAAGCACGUCCAGUCGUGGACAGCGUCAGGGUGGAAUUGGGAGCUUUAAGUGCCGUUCAUCAGCUCUCUACCUCUCCGCUCUGUCGUCGAAUCAUGAAACCCACGCAAACAGUGAAUGAGGUUUCACUGCCAAAGCAGCCGUUCACCUUUAAAGGUUUUAGCAAACUAAAUGAAAAUCAGGAGAACAUUUGCCUUCGCACCUAUCAGAGAAUUAUUGAUGACUUACAACCAAGUCUCACAUUGAUCCAGGGACCUCCUGGAACUGGAAAGUCGAAGCUUAUUUCAGAAAUUUGUCUUCAAACUCUGUAUGGAAAUGCUGCUAAGAAACUAGAUCGCAAGAUCUUGAUAUGUGCUCAUUCCAACACGGCUGUAGAUCAUAUUGUUGGUAUAUUGGGUGGAAUAUUACGUGUGAUGAGCCGUGACCGCUUUCAUCUUCUGCGAUAUGGGAUGCACGAAAAGAUGACCCAGUACUCGCGACCUUUUUCGCUAGAGGCGCAUUUCCAGAAUGCCAAAACUAAAAAGUUACAACGCCUUAGCCCUGAGAACGCUGAAAUCCUGAAGAAGCAACAUAUCGAUCUGAAGGUGGAAAUCCAUCAGUUGAAGCAGAAGGUCAAUCUCACGAGCACAUACCUGCAGCAGCAGUUGCACCAGAAGGAAAGACAGCUUCAGUUGAUAAGCGAACAGCUGGAUCCGCCUCUGACACAGAGGGAGGAAUAUGAAAUUUCACACAUGUGCUUGGCCCAGGCCAACAUCAUCUGCACAACGCUCUCAUCGUGUGUAAAACUGGCCAACUACGUGGAUUUCUUCGACAUCUGCAUCAUCGACGAGGCCACCCAGUGCACGGAACCCUGGACUUUACUACCCAUGAGAUUUGGUCUGACACAUCUAGUACUGGUUGGCGACACUCAACAACUUCCGGCUGUUGUCCUGUCAAAAAGAGCCACAGAUUUUGGUCUGUCCAAUUCCAUGUUCCAUCGCAUUCAGCGUAGCCUUCAGAAGCAGUUGGACAUGCCGGGAGGCAAUCAGUUUGUGCAUACGAAAAUUUUUAAGCUAAGCAUGCAAUACCGCAUGCACCCGGAGAUUUGUCGCUGGCCCAAUAAGUACUUCUACGAGGAUCACUUGAUAAAUGCUGAGUGUACAGGCCGUUUGUCCACGCCUUUCAUUCCAUACUGCGUGAUCAAUUUGAAAUACACUCAAGACAACAACGGUGGUCCAAAUAAGAGCAUCAGCAAUGACGAGGAGGCCCGCUUUGUGGCCAGACUUCUGACAGAAAUGGACAAACACAUGCCCAGCAAGCGGUAUAGCUACGGGCUGAUCUCGCCCUACCAAAGACAAUGUUACACUCUAGCGCAGGUUAUUCCCAAACACAUGAAUAUCACUCCAUUGACUGUAGACUCGUUUCAAGGACUGGAAACGGAUGUGAUAAUAAUUUCUAAUGCCAGGACACGUGGUUGCGGCUUCCUCACCAACUAUCAGCGACUCAAUGUAGCGCUGACAAGGCCAAGACGUUGUUUAGUAAUAUGUGGAAAUUUUGAUGAUUUGAGGUCUGUGGACAUGUGGCGUCAAUUACUGGAAGAUGCCCGCAACCGAAAUGUUUACUUCGAUUUGGAGCGCCACCUUAUGGAAGACCUACAGCGAAACCUACUCCCGAAGAUGAUGGUAAAACCUAUCAACCUAGAUUAGGUGAAAAUUACUCACUCGUCAAAAUACAAAUGAUGUGAUUAAGGUGGAUUCUUAUCCCAAGUAUCCCAAGGGCCACGGAAGAAAAGCGCUUCCUUAUUAGUUAUUGAACUACAUAUUUUUUUUGUUUUUCACUUUUUCAUAUAUUUAACAUAGAGACGUAAGAUUUUAAGUUGAAAUCUUUGUACACUUGGUUCAUUAAAACACCAUCGAUUUGCA